CGAUCAGUGAUUCCUCUUCUACCACGACAUUUCUAUCGUAACGCGUUGAUUUAUACGAUUUUCAUCGACAAAGUAUUUUCUAUAAAAUUUAUUUGUCUCUUGUAUAAAAUCUAAUAUUUUUUAUUAAGCGUAAAAUAUUAAAUAACGAUAUUUAAUGUAAGUUUACAAAACACUGUCGUUGGAUCGUCAAUCAUCAUCGUUGUUCCAUUCUUGUAAACUGCCCUUAACCGUAGUUUGUCUCCUUUGAGGUUAUAUUAGUUUUAACAACUAUUUACAUGGACUUUGGUGAUGUGAAACGUCAAUAAACGAUUUGACAAGUUACUUGUUGUUCGAUAAACAUGGCUAACACGUUAGCUAAUGUACCUGUUUCGAAAAUCAUAAAGAAUACAAGUAGUUUUGAAGAUGAACCGAGGAAAAAGAGUAGAGAGGAUUGGCGAAAAGCAAAGGAAUUAGAAGAAGCUAGAAAAGCUGGUACAGCCCCAGCAGCUGUAGAUGAAGAAGGAAAAGAUAUUAAUCCACAUAUUCCUCAGUAUAUUAGUGCUACACCAUGGUACUUUGGAGCACAGGGUCCUACUUUGAAACAUCAAAGACCACAGCCUGAGAAACAAAAACAGUUUAGUGGAAUAGACGAGUGGUAUAAUCGUGGUGUAGACACAUCUAAAACAAUAACAAAGUAUCGUAAAGGAGCCUGUGAAAACUGUGGUGCUAUGACCCACAAAAGGAAAGAAUGCAUGGAACGUCCACGCAAAAUUGGAGCAAAAUUCACAAAUGCAAAUAUUGCAGCAGAUGAGUUCAGUCAACCCGAAUUAUCUAUGGAUUAUGAUGGUAAAAGAGAUAGGUGGGCUGGUUAUGAUCCCUCAGAGCACAGGGCUAUUGUAGAAGAAUAUCAAAAGAUAGAAGAAGCCAAGAGGCAAAUGCGUGCAGAGAAAUUAAAUGCAGAGGAAAAUGAUGAACAAGAUUCAGACAAAGAUGAGGAUAAAUAUGUAGAUGAAGUUGAUAUGCCGGGAACAAAAGUAGACUCCAAACAGCGUAUUACUGUUAGAAAUCUGAGAAUUAGGGAGGACACAGCAAAAUAUUUAAGAAAUUUGGAUCUAAACUCUGCAUACUAUGAUCCUAAAACAAGAUCUAUGCGUGAUAAUCCUUAUGCUGGCACAGAAAGAGAAGUGGAUUAUAAGGGUGAAAAUUUCGUACGUUUCUCUGGUGAUACGCAAUGUCAUGCAAAUGCUCAAUUGUUUGCGUGGGAAGCACAUGAAAGAGGCGUUGAUGUUCAUUUACUAGCUGAACCUACCAAGCUGGAAUUACUCAAGCAGGAGUAUGACAAAAAGUGUGACGAAUUAAAGGAUAAAGCUCGCGAUAGUAUAAUUAGUACAUACGGUGGUGAAGAGCAUCUUGAUACACUACCACCUUCCCUUUUAUUAGCACAAACAGAACAAUACGUAGAAUAUUCUAGAUAUGGAAAAAUCAUCAAAGGACAGGAUAGACAAGUGAUUCGUUCAAAAUACGAGGAAGAUGUCUAUCCAAAUAAUCACACAUCCGUAUGGGGAUCUUACUGGCACGGCGGUAAAUGGGGGUACAAAUGUUGCCAUUCAUUUAUCAAGAAUUCGUACUGUACAGGAGAAGCAGGUAAAAAGGCAUCUGACGCAACAGUUACGGAAAAUAAAAGAGCAACAGAAGAAGAGAAUUCAGACGAUCAAAAGGAAGCCUCGCAUGACGAGAAAUCAUCUAGUAACGAUAGUUCGUCCGACGAAGAAGAAAAAAGGCCAAAGAUAAUGAAGAAAUCCAAAUCCGCUAAAAGGAAGGACAAAAAGCGAAAACAGAAGGAACGAAAACAGAAGGAGAAGAAAGCUAAAAAAGAAGUGGAAGACAAGUUGCAACAGGCAUUGCAAAAAGAAAAGGACAGUCAAAAAAGAGCGGAGAGGCUGUUGGAGGUAGAUGAACGAAAGCGUCCGUACAAUAGCAUGUACGAAGUACAGGAACCAUCGGCGGAGGAAAUCGAAGCGUUCCAAAUGAAGCGACAACGUGAAAAUGACCCAAUGGCAGAGUUUCUUAACAAAUGAAUAAAUACUUCUUAAUUGAGUAACGUGUUUAUACAUAUAUUAUAAAUUUCGAAUAUUCAUUUAAUAUUAUGAUUGUACAUACUAAAUAAAUUGUAUUUUAAUUACUCGCUUCUGUUUCAUAGAAGCC